AUGCGAUUCAAUAGCACCGCUACUGUCUCAACUACUACUAGAUUGCCUUCUCAGACAUGCGUGGCUCGAAGGGCUCUUGACGUUCGUCAAGCGGCCGGUGGCUUUCCGGAGUCUUGCUCAUGCUUUCUUACCACCACGCGGCAGACUGGUGUAUACACGAUUCUAUUGACGUCCAUCCUCUCCCCUAAUGCAACAAUCACUUCCGUAGUCACAUCCAGAAGGACGUUAACGACUACAAGUACCCGUGUUACGACAACCAGGACAGUCCAAACUCUUUCACUUCGAACAACUGUCAGAACUACCUCGAUCACUGUCUGGCGAACCUCCACGACCACCAUAGCAUCCACUCGAACCGUGCGACUAACUUUCGCCGCCUCUUGUACCGCCCCUCUUACUAUUAACACCCAACCAGCCACAGCCAACCUCGUAAACGCCGCGCCUGUUAAAGUUAAAGAUUUCAAGGAUUGUUGUAACCGUUGUUUUGCAUCAAAUGGUUGUAACAGUUAUGAAUACCGAAAUGCGAGCAAAGAUUGUAUUUUGCGGUAUUCUAAAAACUCCACGGGUACUUGCCGAACGCCUAAUUGUCCAUUGGGCAGGCAGAUCUUCAACCGGGGUGGCGCAGCAUCUGGAAAGGUUUGGGGUACUGGACCAUGUUAUGGCGGCUUACGGACUUAA